UGCCCGCCGCCCCCUCGGCAGCCCGCGCCGCAGCCGCAGCCCCCGCCGCCUCCCGCGCCCCAGCCCCAGCCCCAGCCCCCGGCGCCCCAGCCGCGCCCAGCGGGAAGUUCCUUCUCCUCAAUUUCACACGUAAUUUACACCAACAAUCCCGAGGCUUCGGCUUCGCCUAGGAAACGACUGGGCGAAAGUGCAGGCGUCUCCUCGGAGAUCAAAGCCAUCCAGCAGACCCGGAGGCUGCUGGCGAACGCCCGGGAGAGGACCCGGGUGCAUACCAUCAGUGCCGCCUUCGAGGCGCUCCGGAAGCAGGUUCCCUGCUAUUCUUACGGUCAAAAGUUGUCCAAACUGGCCAUCCUGAGGAUAGCCUGUAACUAUAUCCUUUCCCUGGCCAGGCUGGCUGACCUGGACUACAGUGCCGACCACAGUAACAUGAGCUUCUCUGAGUGUGUGGAACAGUGUACCCGGACCCUGCAAGCAGAAGGCAGGUCAAAGAAGAGGAAGGUAGGUUCCGGCUCACACUAUGGGGCUGAUUCCCCACGACUUUGUGCGCGAGGGGAGGGAGCCCCAAGAAGAGGCUCUCCGGGGGACCCAGCCUGGCCAGGCCACGUGGGCGCCGUUGGCCGGCCGCUGGGCCACUCGCUAAUUGCCGUGCACAUUCCUGCCACUUAUUUACCGCGGGACCAAUUAGAUGAAAUCACCAUCAAGCGGGGUGAGAGGAAGCCUGGCCCAGGCUGGCUUUCCUCCGGCGGCGGCGUGACAUGGGCAAAUUAG